UUUUGAUUUUUGGCCCUGUCUCUCUCCCCCCGGCUUACAAUACCUCUGAAGUCAAUUCCCUACACUACCCGCCUACUCGAUCGCUCCAGGAGCUACUGUACUUCGCCCCCGCCGCUGCAGCCCGUACCCACACGUUUUUCCCGCCCGUACACCCAAAAAGUUCAGGAACCCGUGAUGGAUGACAACGAUUCUGCGAGAGCAAACCAAAAUACCGGUCGUAUUUUGGAGCUUAGGCCCGGGCAGGAACUGCGCUUCGAAAACGACUUUUCGCCGGCGAACGUCAUAACCUUGAAGUUGAAAUCCGGCCAUGCUGAAGUUUUCGGAUCUGAGCUAGCCACGGAUCCCGUGUAUUCAUUUUCGGGCAGGAAGGUUGCCGUUUACACAUGGCAUGGGUGUCAACUACAGGUGGGAGGCACCCCAACGGUGGAGUAUAUCGCAGAUGAAACCCCGAUGCAGAGUUAUUUGAACGUGCAUAUGGCUCUCGAGCAAAUGCGGGCAGCUGCAGAAGCUUCAGGAGAGGAAGGACCAAGAGUGUUGAUCGUCGGCCCGGCAGAUGUUGGAAAGACCUCACUGUCAAAGAUCUUACUUAACUACGCUGUGAAGCAAGGACGAAAGCCUAUAUUCGUUGAUAUAGAUCCAAACGAGGGAUCAAUAAGCUUGCCAGGUACAUUAACAGCGAUGGCGAUAGGGAAACCCAUUGACAUGGAGGAAGAGUUCUCUGCGUCCUCUAUUGCCACCGGAACCAGCCCAUUAGUGUAUUACUAUGGAUAUCCAUCGCCUUUGGACAAACCCAAGCUUUACAAUACAAUGGUGCAACGACUAGCGACCACCGUUCGACGAAAGCUGGGAGAAGCAGAUGUGAAAGCUUCCGGAUUUAUCAUUAACACCCCAAGCCAAUUUGUUGAUGUCGCUGGAUAUGAGAGCCUAUCUAAGAUUAUUGAAGGGUUCGGAGUGAAUGCCAUCCUGGUAAUAGGACACGAGCGCCUCUACAGUGAGCUCCGCCGAAGAUGUCCGGAUGGGUCGGGAAUAUCGAUCGUCAAGCUAGCCAAGUCUGGAGGGGUCGUGACAAGAGACAAAACCUUUAGGAGACACCUAGACAUGCACCGCAUCAAAGAAUACUUUUACGGCACCCAGAAGGCAGACCUGAGUCCGUACUCUAGCCUGGUCUCCUUCUCAGAUGUCGCUAUUCGGAAGGUUGGGGAAGGCACGCUAGCCCCAUCGUCCGCGUUGCCUAUCGGCUCGGAGCGACUCAUCCAGGAAACGAGGCUUGCGAUAGUAGAUCCCGGUGAUAUCCUCUUGCAUUCGGUGCUAGCACUCUCCAAUGCGUCCAUACCGGACGACGCUGCGGCUGUAACACCGGAAGAGGAAAGCGCAGCGGUGUUGGGCACCAAUCUUGCGGGCUUCGUUUAUGUUAGUAUGGUCGACGAAGGCAAGGCCAAGAUGACGGUGUUGGCUCCAAAUCCUGGCAGAUUGCCUAGGAAGUAUAUGAUCAUGGCGUCCCUGAAAUAUAGAGAAUGAAAAGUGAAGCGGCGUGACACCAGUACGUAGAUGUCGGUAGCUUGAGUAUGAGCAUUGUUCUUGGCAUGAAAACCGAAGGUCGUAUUCAGGAAAAUGCAUA